CCUCCAUGCCUCUCCGCGCGCCUGCGCAGUGCGGCCGCCAGCAGCAGCGAGUGAGCGAGCGAGCGGGCACAAGAUGGCGGACGUGUUGGACCUUCACGAGGCGGGAGCCGAGGAUUUCGCGAUGGACGACGAGGGCGACGAAAGUAUCCACAAACUGAAGGAGAAGGCGAAGAAGAGGAAGGGGCGAGGAUUUGGCUCCGAGGAAGGCGCGCGGUCCAGGCUGCGGGAAGAUUACGACUCUGUGGAGCAAGAUGGCGACGAGCCGGGACCUCAACGCUCGGUGGAGGGGUGGAUCCUGUUUGUGACCGGUGUCCAUGAGGAGGCCACUGAGGAGGACAUCCACGACAAGUUUGCAGAGUACGGUGAGAUCAAGAACCUGCACCUCAACCUGGACCGGCGUACUGGCUACCUCAAGGGCUACGCUCUGGUGGAAUACGAGACGUACAAGGAAGCACAGGCUGCCAUGGAGGGUUUAAACGGGUCGGAGCUGGCUGGGCAGCCCAUCAGUGUGGACUGGGGCUUCGUCCGGGGACCCCCUAGGAGCAAGAGGCGGUGAGUCCCUGUCCCUGUCA